AACACACACACACACAGACGCUCAGGCUCACCCAGGCAACACCCUCUACAGGGAAGAUGGAGGACGGUGUAGCAGCGACGGUGACGACUUACAUCCUGUCGCAACAUCACUCCUGAAAAGUCACUUCCAGCAGCCUUGGCUCUGUUGAUGAUGGACUCUUAAACCAUUCUCUGACACCACUUUACCAAUCAGAACCAUACUGCCAUGAACCCUCAAGAGACAGAGUUUGGUCAGGAUAUGAUGGGGUUGACUGAUGCCCCUCCUCACCAUCAGCAUCACAACCCCAACGGCCGGUCCUGUAAUCAUAGCAGCCAGGAAAAGCGCUGCAGAGGCUGUGAGACCUCAGCUAGUGUCACAGUGGAAAUGCCGGGUGGAGGAAGUUCUGGCAGGAGAGUCGGGUUGCCACAGCAGCACAGGCCACAGGAGGAACAAGACAUGGAGCUGCAACAUAGAGAACAGUCUUCUCUGCCCCAAGAGAUUCUCCGACCUGCUGUGAUACGUUAUCGCAGACAGGGUGACAGUGAGGCCCGGAAAAGAACCCAACAGCAGAGGCACAGAAUGAGGCAGCAGAGGGAGGCAGAGAGAGCACAGCAGGAAAGGCAGCAAACAGCUAAGAUGACCAAGGAAGAUGAAUGUGAGAGGGACGAUUCCGUGCUGGCUCGUUCAGCAAGCACUGAGAGCGGCUUUCACACCCAUAAUGAUCGUGCAGAGGGCGACGACAGUCUGGUUAUGAUGUCUCUAGAGGCUGAGGGUCAGCGAGAGGCGGAGGAUGAUGAGGACAACUACAGGCUCCAACUACGGCCUGAGGCAGAAGGGUACACUGAAAGCGCAGAGGCUGAACAGCAACAUCUCCAUUCACAUUCUAACUAUCCUCUUCAGCUCCCACUGCUGCCACGUGAUAUCCAGAAUCCCAAAAGAGAAGAUGAAGUGGAGGAGACACUAAAUGUGGGCUACUCUAAUUGUGUCAAUACCCAGUCCCACAACCACUCUGAGGGAAGAACUAGUGUCUCACCCAGUCAAAGCUUGGAAGAUUUAGAUGCUGCACUUGAAGCUUACUCUGAGCCGUAUGACAUUUUCUCACUCUCAGAGCAUGUGUAUGAGGAAAUAUGUGAUGCUCCAAACUUAAUGCCACCUUCUGCAACUGUGGCAAAAGAUAGCAAGUCUAUUCAACAGAGGAGGACUGGCUUAAAGCUAUUGCAGGGUGGGGCAGGAGGAGGAGAUUGCUAUCAACAGGAGGCAGUGGGCUCCCGUUUGCGUCACUAUGAUGAACGCUCAGAUGGUGAGUCAGACACUCCAGAAAAGGAGGCAGAGUUUGCUCCAUACCCACGUGUUGACAGCUGUGACCAGGAGGAGGACAUUGAUAGCAUUGUUUCUGUAGCUAAAAAAAGCCUAAGCUCUCAAAGUCUUGAUCCUGCUGCAAAAGAUUCCAUACAGGAAGAAAAUGAGAUACUGCAGCAAGAAGAAAAACACAAAAAAGACAAAUACUCUAACAAAAGCAACAAAACUGCCAAUCAAAGGAAGUCAGCCAGACAGCAGGCUGCCAGUCCUUCAAAGGAACCAGUAAUUGUGAGGAGCAGUCAGCAGAAGAGGGAUGCUAUAUCUCUAGCCAUCAAAGACAUUAAGGAGGCCAUAGAGGAGGUUAAGAACAGAACAGUGAGAUCUCCUUACACACCUGAUGAGCCAAAGGAACCCAUCUGGGUAAUGAGGCAGGAUUUAAGCCCCACUGCUGAAUGUGACCUACAACCAUCACUUGGAGGUGAUUCUCCCGGUUCAGGGUCACCCUCUCCUCCAGGAGCAGAGUCGUCCAGUCAGCAUCUGUUGCAGGAUGACAGCUUUGAAUCUUCUCCCACCAGUAAAGAGUCCAGGAGAAGCCUUGCAUCCUUUCCCACUUAUGUAGAAGUGCCAGGCCCCUGUGACCCAGAUGACCUAAUUGAUGGGAUCAUCUUUGCGGCCAACUACCUGGGCUCCACUCAACUGUUGACAGAUAAGACGCCAUCCAAGAACAUCCGUAUGAUGCAGGCACAAGAGGCUCUCAGCCGGAUUAAGACGGCUCAGAAAUUGGCCCACAACAAGAAGAAGGCACCUGAGGGUGAGCUUCAGCCGAUGACAGAGGUGGAUCUCUUCAUCUCCACCCAGAGAAUAAAAGUGCUCAACGCUGACUCUCAGGAAACUCUGAUGGACCACCCUUUGCGGACAAUCUCCUACAUUGCUGACAUUGGCAACAUAGUGGUUCUGAUGGCCCGGCGCAGGAUGCCUCGCAGUGACUCACAGGAGAACGUGGAAGCCUCAGAAUCAAGUCAAGAUAGCAAGCGCCAGUACAAGAUGAUAUGUCAUGUGUUUGAGUCUGAGGAUGCCCAGUUGAUUGCCCAGUCCAUUGGACAGGCCUUUAGUGUGGCUUAUCAAGAAUUCUUACGGGCCAAUGGUAUUAACCCUGAGGACCUUAGCCAGAAGGAAUACAGUGACCUGCUGAACACUCAGGACAUGUACAAUGAUGACCUCAUACACUUCUCCAAGUCUGAGAACUGCAAAGAUGUUUUUGUAGAGAAAGCUAAGGGGGAGAUUCUGGGUGUGGUCAUUGUGGAGAGUGGAUGGGGCUCCAUCCUACCUACAGUCAUCAUUGCCAACAUGAUGCAUGCUGGGCCAGCUGAGCGGUCUGGUAGACUAAACAUAGGAGACCAGAUUAUGUCAAUCAAUGGAACCAGUCUGGUAGGACUGCCCCUGUCUACCUGCCAAAGCAUUAUAAAGGGUCUGAAGAACCAGUCUCAGAUAAAGCUGAAUAUUGUGAGAUGUCCCCCAGUGACUACAGUACUCAUCAGAAGGCCAGACCUCCGCUACCAGCUGGGCUUCAGUGUCCAGAAUGGCAUUAUUUGCAGCCUUAUGCGUGGGGGCAUCGCUGAACGGGGCGGGGUCAGAGUGGGUCACCGCAUCAUUGAGAUCAACAGUCAAAGUGUUGUGGCCACACCCCAUGAAAAAAUUGUCCAGAUCCUGUCCAAUGCUGUGGGAGAGAUUCACAUGAAGACCAUGCCUGCAGCUAUGUACCGCCUGCUGACCGCCCAGGAGCAGCCAGUUUACAUUUAACACAUAAACUGACCUCACAAAUCAACUCCCACCCCCAGUCAACUCCUACAACCCAACCCAGCCCAGAUCUCAUCUUGUACAGCUGAUGGAUUGUAGUAAGUUGUUAAGAGUGUUCUGUAGCUCAGACUCAUCUUUUGGCAACUCAAAUACCAAUAUCAUCCAUAUGUAUUCACUAAAAGACUUUUAUUCUUAAUAAAGAUAAAUCAGUUAAACAAUGUUCACACCUGAUGCAUUUCCAGUACCUAGUAGUGCCCCAGAAUC